GCGGACUUGACGGAUGUGUGUGGAGACAGGUGGGAGCUCCGGUUAGACGGGCUGCUGUUGUUCUCAGUACAAAGAGAAACGAGCCGGUCAAACACUCUCUUUUCACUUUGAAUUUAAACAUGGAAACAUUUCGCUAAAUUACAACAUUAUCCGUGAAUUAAAAGUAGUGAUGAUGAACGGUUUUAUGUGAAAAAUGUCCGACCGAGAAGAGAGAAAUUCAGGAGAAACUGCGCAGUCAUAAUUUAAUGGGAGCGGUGACCUGAGCAGAUAUGGCAGCUGACGACAAGGUUGCCAUCCUGACAGACGAUGAGGAGGACCAGAAAAGGAAGUAUGUGUUGGCCGAGCCGUUCAACACUCUGUCGAUACAGCCGCAGGGGGGCGACUCUGCAGCACCAGCGCACAUCUCGGAAGCGCCUGAAGAGCCGCAUCCUUCAAAUCCAGACUCCAUAGACUGCUGUGAGAGGAUAUGCCUCCGCAUCAACAGCCACCUCCUCAUCUCCAAAGUCUUCUACUUCUUCUUCUACGCCGCCUACGGCUCGCUGCACCCUCUGCUCGCCGUCUACUACAAACAGCUCGGCAUGUCUCCCAGCCGCAGCGGGCUGCUCGUCGGCAUUCGUUACUUCAUUGAGUUCUGCAGCGCCCCCUUCUGGGGAGUGGUGGCGGACCGCUUUAAGAAAGGGAAGGCGGUGCUGCUGUUUUCUGUCUUUUGCUGGCUGGUGUUCAACUGUGGCAUCGGCUUUGUCAAACCAGCCGAGAUGAAGUGCGAGGAGAAAGGUGCUUCAUUGACGACGUUGGCACCUCUGACGACGACUCCUCUGAUUGGUAACAUCACUCAGCAGAGCAACUCCACCAACCGCACGAGGAGACGCCGGAGCUUUCUAGACCUUCCUGAGCUCCUGGAUUCCUAUUUCAGUGUCCAGCUCAGGCACGCUCGAAGUGUAGACGACAACGCCACCACCCCUACUCCCAUCACGCUUGUUAACCCAACAAAGACAACACCAAACAACACCACCAUCCUCACCACGACCACAACCACCACCACCACCAAGCCACCUGCUCCUACCAAAGCCAAGGACUACCAGAUCAUCUACAACCAGGACCAGGUGGAGACCAUCUUCCUGCUCAUCCUGCUCGUCAUCAUCGUGGGGGAGUUCUUCAGCGCGCCGGCCGUCACCAUCGUGGACACGGUCACCCUGCACUACCUUGGCAAAGCCCGGGACCGUUACGGCCUGCAGAGGAUGUGGGGCUCGCUGGGUUGGGGUCUGGCCAUGCUGUUAGUGGGGAUUUGGAUCGACCACACGCACAUCACGGUGAAGUUCGAUGUCGUGGGCUGCAUUGUCCCAGACUUCCGUCUCCACAACUACCAAAUUGCCUUCAUCGUCUUUGGCGUGUUGAUGGGUGUGGCCUUCAUCGUGGCCACGCAGUUCUACUUUGAAAAGGGUGCAGACUACAUUCAUGAGCUCCCUGAGGGAGUAGUGGCGGAGGCGGACAUCCCGCCAAGAGCUUUACCUGAGUCUAGCUCUACCGACCAGACUCCCAUCAGCCCCCACACGGCUCAGGAGUUCCACUACAGCGACCUCCUGAAGCUCCUGUGCAGCGUGCAGUACAGCUCCGUCCUCUUUGUCGCCUGGUUCAUGGGCUUCGGCUACGGCUUUGUCUUCACCUUCCUGUACUGGCACUUGGAGGACCUGAAGGGGACCACCACCCUAUUCGGUGUCUGCUCAGUCCUGAGCCACAUCUCAGAACUCGCUGCCUACUUCACCAGCCACAAGUUCAUCGAGCUGGUCGGACAUGUCAGGGUGCUCUACAUCGGCCUGGCCUGCAACACAGCUCGCUACCUGUACAUCUCCUACCUGGAGAACGCCUGGAUUGUCCUGCCCAUGGAGGUCCUUCAAGGUGUGACGCACGCCUCAGUUUGGGCAGCCUGUAUCUCCUACCUGAGUGCUGCGGUUCCUCCAGCUCUGAGGACGUCUGCACAGGGAAUCCUGCAGGGCCUUCACCUCGGACUGGGCCGAGGCUGCGGAGCCAUGAUGGGAGGAGUCUUCGUCAACUUCUUUGGUGCUGCCGCCACGUUCAGAGGAAUCGGCAUGGCGUCCCUCGUCAUCCUCCUCAUCUUCUCCUUCAUCCAGUGUCUUACUGGAGAGACGGAGGGGAAAGAGGACAAAAUGUUGGCAGAGAACAUCCCCGUUCCCUCCAGCCCGGUCCCCAUCGCCACCAUCGACCUGGUGCAAAGCCAGAACGAUGUGGGUAGCCUCACCCCGACCCGUCAGGCCGCCGUGCAGCCCGUCUUGAAGACCAAACACCAGGAGGAGCAGGAGGACGUGAGCAGGCCGGCCUGGGUGCUCUCCGGCGCCCCCUGGGUCACAGUCGCCUUUGCAAUCUUCCAAAUCAGAGAGAUGAUGAAUUUGAAAAAGGGCAGCGGACCCCCACCAGAAACUCACCCGCUGCAGGUACCUGAGGAGCAGACGGAUUCCAACUCGCUGGCGACAUCACGCAGAAACUCGAGCGAUGACGGCACAGAUCCUCCACCCACCUCAGAAUCGCCCACACAAGCAAACACCGCCCAGCCAGCAGCACCCUCAGACUCUGACAAAGACAAAGACCAAACAAAGCCAUCCUCAGACAGAGGAGGGCCUCAAGAAAACCCGGCGUUCACAGCAGAAGAAAACACAGUGUGACUGUUUAACUUAUAGACUAUUUAAAUCUCUCUGGGCUUUUAUCACUGCAGACACAUCCAUCAGAACAAGGCGUCUCUAACUCACUCUUAAAAUCUGAGUUACAGCUACAGUCAGAACCUUUUUACUGAAUCAGUGUGAGCAUUCCUUCUGAUCAUUGAGGCUGAAAAUGUCAAAAUGAGAGUACGGUAACUCAUUUUUAAAAGACUGAUAACUUGUAUUAGUGGAUGUCUUUGCAAAGGGGGGUUUGGGUUGAACAUCUGGAUGAACCUGGAGGUGUGUGUGGUGGUGUUUUUUCACCAGGGAGCCUUGUGCACUAAAUUAACUGCCCUUUACAAGUGAAGUGUGAAGGACACCCUUCAAAUGUAUGAAAACUAUGUGCCUCUUGUUAAGUUAUUAACUUAAUUAACUUAUAACGGUGUUGCGAACUUAGCACUUUGACUUUCUUUAAAGGGACAGCUGCUGUUGUAAAUUGGCGGCCAGCACAUGCUGAUCAUAUGAAAACACUUUUUUAAAAAGAAUUAGAAAUAGGAACAUUUUAGGGAUGUUUGAAUGACUUGGAAACAAAAGACCCAAAGCUUUUUGCCGCACAGUUUUUAGAUUGAAAAGGGCUAAAAGUGUGAAGUAGGUGAAGUUUGAUCAGCUCGGAUUCAACGAUGAGUGACUUUAAUCAACUCAACUGAACUAAACCAUGGAAGUCUGAAUCAAACUCUUCAGCUUUUUACGAAACCAUAACUUAACAGAUUUAUAACUCCAUUUUAAGUAUCAGCUUAUUAUUAUUUCAUUAGGAAUGUUUCUUUAACCUCCUGUUUUACCGUUUGUGGUUAAAAAAAUCAAUCCCUCAGAGAAGCUCCCGUUUGAAAGAUGGCAGGAUGAUAAGUGAGGUUACGAGCCAACAUGCUUUUCUUCACUCAUCGGUAAAUCCUUCAAACAGGAGCUUCUUGUUUGCUUUCUUUACCGUUAGACGUUAACACUUUGGCAGGUUGGACGUUGCCAUGAUAACAGACUUUUAAUCUUAGAUAUGAUUCUCCAAAAAUCUAACGAUAUUGAUUCCUGUUUCGAUCCCACAGCGUCGAAGAAGUUCCUUGACACCUCAAAUUGGUUAAUUUGUUGUUUUUAAUUCACACAAAGUGUAAGCAGACGUCGGCACAAUGUCUGAAUUACACAAAUAAGUUGGUAAUAAUUCAGUACCAAAUUUUUUUGUGCAAUUUAGACCGCGCUCUCUCUCUCUCUCGUUCACUCUUUUUGUAGCUUUUGGCUUAAAAUUUGACUGAAAAUCUGAAGGUUUUUAUUUUAAAGCGUCUUUAUUUUUUAUACUUUCGAAAAUUAAAAUAACAAAGAUUGAAUCGUUUUAAAACUUGUCCUAAACUGGAAUCUUUGGUUUUAAAGGAAGUCUUAAAUUGAUCUAAAUUAAAAUGCAUCAAAUGACAAAACUGUCCUCAAACUGUUUCUAAUUUCAACCGCCCAAAACCCGUUAAAAGCUUUGAUUUAAACGUCUCAACACACCGCGAAGAAGAAAGUGAGUUUCUCUUCGUUUGUGGUUUGAAACUCCAGAAGCAGCUCGUUAAUAAGGCUGAGUAAAUAAUCCAUUCAUCAGUGCAUUGCAAUAAUUUUAUUUCCUCUAAUCAAUAUCGACUCAGAAAAAUCCUGACAUGGAUUAUCUCCGUUGUGAAGAAGCGCCGCUCCUGUGGGGGGGGGGCGCUGUGGGUGCCGCCAUACUGUGAUUUACGUUGUACGAGUCCUCGCUCUCGACACCAUUGAUCCCUAUUGGUUAAGAAACGUUGUGUUGAGAUAUUCUUGUAUAUGGAGUAUUAACGUGUUUAAAACAUGGAGGUUUGACCUUUUCCUUUUUGUUUCAGGUGUCGUCACUUGUACAAUAAAACUCGAGAUUUGUGCGUCUAAACCUCUGAGCACGCUGAUGAAGAAGUGCCUCUUUGAAACGUUUUGUCAAACCUUGAAGCUUCUGACUUGAUUUCUUUCCUCCUACAUUAAAACACUCCACACAGCAAA